CCGCUUUAUAGGCUCCGCCACGCGUCUCAUGUAAUAUAGUAUUUGCACGCACUUGUGUAGCGUGGAGCGAGACGAGUCCGUGUAAGAGAGAGCACCGCGCUGCUGCUGCCCGCUUGUCACCGCCCUGCGCAACACAUAUGGAGGAGUUAUUAACUUUUGAGGAUCUCGCUGGUCUGGAUUUUCCUAUCGAUUUUCCAGAAAUCAGCUAUGACUCGCCGUCACCGUCGUCUCAGUCGUCUGAUUGCUUGUCACUAGAUUCACCAGCCAUCUCACCAGUGAACUCUCCAAGUUCGUCCCAUUCGUCUGCUCCUAGCAGCGACAACUCGCCAAGCUCCAGCCCAAAACCAUCCAGGCAUCGCACACGUUGCCGAACACCACACUGUUUGAAAAAAGAGCAUGCCUCUAUAUUACGAAGAAACGAGAGGGAGAGAAACAGAGUCAAGCUCGUCAGCGAUGGAUUUGCCACCUUACGCAAGCACAUCCCAACCACGCCAGCUAACAAGAAGCUCUCCAAAGUGGAAACGCUGCGCACUGCCAUUGAGUACAUAAAACAUUUGCAGCGCGUGCUGAAUGAGAGUAAAUGGCACGAGAGGCAAUCGCGCUUCUUACGACAAGUUGGGUGGAUUCAAGAUGCAUAUGACUUACAGGUAACUGACACUUUUACUGUUGUGCAUUUUUAUACGCAAUGAGACAAGGGUAUCGAUGGGAUUAAAAGCUCUCAGAAACUUUGCAUAGCUCAAAACAACCUCCAACAAAGUCAGGCGCACGCGUACAUUUCUUGGCCCAAGUUUCAGUUUGCGAGGAAGUUCAAAAAGUUUCUUGAACCGCAUAGAAAAGUUGGGUUAAGUGACAGGCCAUCAAAAACUGUCAAUUUGUUUCUUCAAAAAAUAAUCAAAUUUACACCAAUGUCUUGGAGUCUUAUCAGGUUACUUUACUAAAGAGACAAUCAACUCUGAUUUCACUUUUGUAACUCUCAACUGAAUUAAUACAGCAUGCUUUCAAGAGGCGCGGAAAUGUUCGGGGUUUCGGCUAGUCACCGGGCUCACAACUCUGGACAAGCUAUGAGACAAAUUCUGCAAAACUAGUGAACCAUUGUUACAUAUUGCAGUUCUAGCACACGUGCCCAGCUACAAAACAAAUACGAUUUUUCGGAACUGGAUUUCUAUUACUAGGGUAACUCACGCGCCCAUUCAUUGCGCCUUUGAUUACCUUUCACUUAGCGCUUUAUUAAAAACCGUCCAACUGGAACAUUCAAAUUAUGAAUGAUAAUAACGGCGCAAAUGAAGGCUUUUAUGGAGAGGAGUAGGGAAGAUUCCUGCCGCGCGCACUAAUUGACUUGGCUGUUUUAUUGCUUUUCUUGCAGGCCCUAUCCAGAGGAAACGUUGCCACUGCUCAACAGUUGAGCUCCUACCUCCUAAGCCUUCCAGAGAUCGCUCCAUACCCAACAAGCGAGGGGUCCUUUGUUAACAACUCUGUGAGUUUGUCCAACGUAUAUGGACAUGUUAACUAAUUCAGAUUUACUCUGACUCAAUCAAGUAAAGAUACCGUUCAUUACAAUGGAAUGACAAAGUGUAAGCUAAGUUAUUUGGCGUAUUUUUAUCUUACUGUAUCUCGAAAGUUGCAUUUAGUUAUCUUCUUUUUAGCGUACAAAUUCCACUCGUGUAGUCUUUUUCAGGGAAAAGUUUAAUAAGCUUGGCUUUAAUGUACAUAGAAUUAGAUCUAUCAUGAUAAAUAGGGCAGCAUUGUUUUCGGACAACGUGAUUCUUUUUCAAGGUGAAAAUAGCAACGAGGGUUUUAUAUAUCCAGCAGAGCUGAUGUAUUUUUCUUCCCAAUUGGAGGUAAAUAGCGUAAACAAUUUUGAACCGAUUGAUGUUCUUAUAAUUUCGUAGUAUAGAGACUUUCGAAUUCGCUGUUCUUUUUGCAGCGGUAUUUUCUCCUUAACGGAAAAUUGUAUAUAGGAUGUCUCGUAAGCGAGGAUGUUGUAUUGGUUGCAUGUUUCCUAGUUAAUAACACACAAUACAGAGCUCUGUAGAUUAGUUUAUUCCAGUAUAACGAGGAAAGUUUCGAAAUGAAAGGAAUUUUUGGCUGCUUAACGCAGCCAUUUGACAUUUCCAUCAAAUGGAAAAGAUUUGAGUGUGAUGAUUUAUUGUUUUUUUAAGACGUCUUUGAUAACUUUUUUUCGUCUUAAAGAAAUCCUUUAUGUUUGGUAGCCCAGCAGUUAUUAGAGGCGCUUAGGUAGCUGGCCUUGAGCCAAGGUGAAAUAUGCAUAUUCUGAAUACACAAAUUAACCAGGUUAUAAACUUCUAUUAUCUCUAAAGAGAAGACUAACAAUAUACCCCAAGAAAGCGAUAAAAGAAUUUGGCUUUCAAGGCACCAGAAUUUGCACCUUUCAUCUUAGUCGCGGCAGAAAUGUCGACAUUGCUAAUCAAGUAAUUAAUUGAACUCCAAUGAGUUUAAAGGAUUUCCUUCGCUCCCGUUGUGGAAACUUUUUUGUUUUUGUAAUGGGUGACAUGCUUGCAAGGUCAAGCGAAUAGAAGUAACAACUUCGGCUUUAUGAAGGAUUGAAGUAAGGACAGAGUCCAUACGUUAUAUAUGUAACGCGCAGAACAAUAUUGAGUUUGUAGUUGAUUCUACUGAGAAACUCGCGAAUAUCAUAGCUUAUACAAAUAUAUUCCACAAUGUAUAAAUACGCAUGCACUCAAUUUGUGGCUUAAAUCGUGCUAGGUUGAGUUGCUGCUGUUAAGACUUGCUUCCAAAGGGAAAAAAACACAGGAAUGAUGUUGAAGCUCUUUUGUUUUAAGAAGAUAUUGUCGAGUUCCUAUAAUAAGUUCUAAUUUGAGACUACUUGUUUAAUGGAACCUAGAUUUGAACAGGUUUGGACUCCUUAGCUGACAACUAGAGCGAAAUUUGUUCGGCAUAAGCCAACAAACUA